CUGCUCUCUCAAGCGAAUAAUAAAAACAACAACAACAACAACAACGUCAUGUCAACGUCAAUAUCGUCGGUCGAAAACAGUAGUGGAACAUUUCAAAAUGACUCUAAGAUAAUGACUCUGUGUGGUUACCAAGUUCCCAUUAUAUUUCAUCAGCCAACAUACAUCGUUCCGGCACGCUCAGAAGCCGUCAUUGAAUGCGCUAUAUCAAAUCACUCGGUCGAGCUUUAUCACAAUAAUGAAGGCUUAGUUCUAGAUCAUACCUUAAGCGAGGGUAUUUACGUCGCGAAUUGUAUUGUGUCAAUAAAACCAAACAAAAAAGUUAACAUCACCGUUUUAAACACGACUGACACAGACUUAGAAAUUAAAGAAUAUUUCGUAGAAUUGACACCGAUCGAUUAUAAUAAUUCUAUUUCCUGCGAAAAUCCAAUAUCUAGUAAAUGUUUAUAUUCUAUUUCUACUACUAAAUCUAAUCGAAUAGAUCGAGUAUUAAGUCUUUUACGCUGCUCCCAUCUCAACGAUGAAGAAAAGAAAGCACUUUUAAAUUGCUGUUCCGAUUAUACGGAUAUCUUUCACCUCGAAGGUGAACCCCUUUCGUUUACGAAUGGCAUCCAACAUUCCAUAGAUACGGGUAACGCGGCCCCAGUUUACGUAAAAUCAUAUCGCUUCCCUGAGUGUCAUAAGGAAGAAGUCGAUACACAAAUUCGCAAAAUGCUAAAUCAAAACAUAAUUCGUCCCUCUGUUUCGCCUUGGAGCGCCCCUGUAUGGGUAGUCCCGAAAAAAUUAGACGCUUCUGGCAAAAGAAAGUGGAGAAUAGUCAUUGACUAUCGCCGUCUUAAUGAUAUCACAGUUUCUGAAAGUUAUCCCCUGCCUCUUAUCACUGAUAUCCUAGACCAAUUAGGCCAUUCCAAGUAUUUCACAACCCUUGAUCUUGCUAGCGGUUUCCACCAAAUAAAGAUGGAUCCUAAAGAUGCCCCAAAAACGGGAUUUACUAUAAGUACUAAUUCGAGCAUGUCUGGUCACUACGAAUUCACUAGAAUGCCCUUUGGUUUAAAAAACGCUCCUUCUACCUUCCAGCGCCUGAUGAAUACUGUCUUAUCAGGUUUGCAAGGUCUACACUGUUAUGUUUAUCUAGAUGAUUGCAUAAUUUAUAGUCAUAAUUUAAAUGAACAUAUGGAAAAAUUAAAACUAGUAUUCAAUAAGCUGCGCGAAUACAAUCUAAAAUUGCAACCAGAUAAGUGCGAAUUUUUAAGACGUGAAGUAACUUAUCUUGGUCAUAUUAUCACCGAUAAGGGUGUCUCUCCUAAUCCAGAAAAAGUAAAAGCAGUGUCACAAUUUCCAAUUCCUAAGAGCCCUAAAGAAAUUAAAUCCUUCCUAGGCCUAAUAGGCUAUUAUCGCCGAUUUAUUGAUAAUUUUUCUAAAUUGACAAAACCACUUACUUCUUUAUUAAAAAGGGAUACUACUUUCCACUGGUCUCAAGAACAACAAAUUGCUUUCGAUGUUUUAAAAGAAAAAUUAAUCACUGCUCCGCUGCUCCAAUAUCCAGAUUUCUCUCAACCGUUCAUAGUAACUACAGAUGCAAGGAAUUAUGCCGUAGGCGCAAUCUUAUCCCAAGGUCCUGUAGGCAAAGAUAAACCGAUAGCUUAUGCAUCACGUACUCUAAACCGUCCCGAAGGCAACUAUUCAACUACCGAAAAGGAACUUCUAGCCAUUCUAUUCGCAGUCAAAACGUUUCGUCCUUACCUCUACGGUAAUAAAUUCAAAAUAGUUACCGAUCAUAGACCAUUGGUAUGGCUAUUCAAUGUCAAAGACCCAGGUAGUAGACUCAUUCGUUGGCGCUUAAAACUCGAAGAAUACGAUUACGAAAUUGUUUAUAAACAAGGCCGUCUUAAUUCUAACGCCGAUGCGUUAUCUCGCUGUCCCGUUAAUGUUAUAGAUAUUAACACUUUAAACAAUUCUAGUUAUGAAAAAUAUUUUAAAGACCAAUUUACAAAUAAAACUCCUAUUUCAAAUACAAUAAUCCUAGAAUGUACUCAAGGAUUACACCUAUCCAAACUAAAAAUUAUUGCUUGUCCCGUCUCUUUAGAUUUUGACUCAUCUAUACCUCACUGUGAAGAAAUAUUAGCACAAUUAGACAAGCCUGAGGACUUAUUAAAUUCCGAACGCGAACCAUUUACAAUUCAAUGCGUAAAGGAUAAGAAUAAAUCUUACUAUUUUAUGUACACUAAAAUUCAUCAUUAUGAAGAAACCAAAUUUAAAGAUAUUUACAAUUUAAUUAUAAAACUCAGAGAUAAAAUUUUAAUCGAGAACCCUGAUAUUACAGAUCUCGCCUUAUCAGACUUUUCAGAUCCAUUUUCUAAGCUAGCUUAUAUUAAAGUAUAUAAUAUGAUUGCCUAUAUUUUUCAUAACACUAACAUUAAAGUUCAUAUAUACAAAAAUCAAUUAAUUUAUCCUACUCCCGUCGAAAUCCCUAAAAUUUUAAAAGAGAAUCACGAUUCACCUAUUGCGGGUCACCCAGGUUCAAGUCGUAUGUAUAGACGAAUUAAAGCCGCCUAUUAUUGGAAAAGUAUGCGCUCUGACAUUGUAGAUUAUGUAAAGAAAUGCCAAUUAUGCCAAAUUAAUAAACCAUUAAGAAUGUCCAAUAAGGCCCCAAUGGAAAUAACUUCUACUUCCACUAGACCGUUUGAACGAUUAGCUCUCGACAUCGUUGGUCCUUUACCUGACGCAGGUUUUCAAAAAUUCAAAUUCAUCCUUACAUUACAAGAUGAUUUAACUAAAUUUUCAAGUGCUUAUCCCCUGGUCACAGCUACCAGUGAAGAAAUAGCCAGAAAUCUUGUACAUUUUAUGUCUCUUUUCGGUUUCCCUAAAACAAUCUUAACGGAUUUAGGUACUUGUUUUACGUCUGAUUUAUUUAAAGAAUUAACUCAAAUCUUAAAAGUCAAGGCUUUAUUUACUACUCCUUACCACCCACAAACAAAUGGAGCUCUAGAACGCUCACAUGCUACUUUAAAAGAAUACUUAAAAUCUUUCGUUAAUGAAAACCAGAACGACUGGCAUUGUUAUUUAUUUACCGCAAUAUUAGCUUAUAAUACUACCCCUCAUUGCACUACCAAUUUCACCCCUCAUGAAUUAUUAUAUGGUUAUAAACCUAAUAUCCCUAAUUCUCUAUAUGAAACGAACAAUAAUACUACUUAUAAUGAAUAUAUUCGAGCUUUACAAUAUCGAAUGCGUUUUAGUAGAGAAAAGGCCAUUCAAAAUAUAAUUAAUAGCAAAGAAAAAUCCAAACAAUAUUACGAUGUAAGUUCACGAGAAAUUUCGUAUAAAAUUGGUGACUUAGUUUAUAUAAAACACCAUCACCGACUUCGUAAGGCCCUAUCACCUAUAUGGAAAGGUCCAUAUAAAAUUAUAAAAGUCCAUAAUAAGCACAACGUUACUUUACAAGUAGGUCGUAAACAUGUUAAAGCUUUAUGCUAUGGAAGCCAAAGCCACGCUGAGUCGAGGAUCAUACCUAUAUCACAUAGUCCUGGAAUUUAUUUUGAACCUAUUACGCAUAUUAACUUUUAUAACGAUUAUUGGAAGGUUAUAACACAUAUAGACCUUAUACCUUUAGCUCCUUAUCUCAAUAAAAUUGAAAAUUUAUUAUAUGAUACCUUAAACCUUUGUUCCAAAAUAAAUACUGACGAAUUUUCCCAAUGUAAAGACAUCUCAAAUCCUAUAGAGAUUUUAAUAAAAUAUAAUUACGUCAAAUUGCAAUCCCUAGCACAUAUAAUCGAUAAUAAUCAAUCGCCAAAUAGAGUUAAAAGAUCUCUAGAAUUUGGAGGCGAAAUUCUUAAAUUUUUCUUCGGUACUCUAGACGCAGAUGAUGCGCGAAAAUAUGAUGCCGCGAUAGAAUUAUGUCGGAAAAGUGAAACAGAACUAUUUAAUUUAUUCAGAGACAAUAUUCACAUAAUUAAAUCUACCAUAAAUAAUUUUAAUGCCACUAUUUAUAAAUUAAACCAAAAUGAAUUAAGAUUAAACUCACAAAUUAAUAAAAUGAAUGAAAUCCUUUCGCAAAUCACAAAAACCGAUAAUUUACUUAUUAACAUUUCUAGAAUAAAUAAUUUAUUGAACAUAAUUGAAAGCUCCUUACUUGCUAUUUCUAACUUGCUAGACACGACUAUAAAUGCUAUCCUAUUUUCCAAGGUAAAUGUUUUGCAUCCUAGCGUGAUUAGCCCUUUAAGUCUUUAUAAUGAAUUAACCAAGCAUAUCAAUCAAAUAAAUAAACGUUUAGAUUUUCCAGUGCAAUUGAACAUACAUAAUAUUCAUUCGUUAAUUGAUGUUUCGAAACUUAGUUCAUAUUAUUAUAACAAUAAGAUUGUUUUCAGCUUGCAGAUUCCAUUAAUAACACCUGAUAAGUUCAUUGUUUAUAAAAAUAUCCCAUUACCGACUCCUCACGACGAGUCGCAUAUACAAACGUUUGCACUUAUUCAACCUUCUAAUUCUUAUAUUGCUUUAAGUGACGAUAGAAUACAUUAUACUAUGUUUAAUAACUUAGAUGAUUGUAAAUUUAUUAAUAAUAACUAUUCUAUUUGUGAACUAUUUACUAUAACGUCUAGCAUAAAUAAUCCUAAUUGUGAAUCGAAAUUAUUAACAGAAGUAACUCUUUCCUUACCUUCUGAAUGUAACUCCAAGUUAUUAUUUGGCCAAAUCAAUAUUUGGCAUAAAUUAAAAAAUAAUAAAUGGAUAUAUGUACAAUCCAAUGUAAAUAAAUUAACUAUCAAAUGUAACGAUGAUAUUACUGAUCAUUCUAUUAUUGGCACAGGUAUUGUCAAAUUAACCGAAAAUUGUAUCGGUUAUUCCAAAACUAUUCAAUUAUUGCCAACAAGUACUUAUCAAUUUUCGAUUAAGUCAACUAUAGAUAUAAGCUUUGACAUAACAAGAGAUGAUUGUUGCAAAAAGGAUGUAUUUAAUAAAAGUUUACCAUAUUUAACGCCAAUCUCUCUAAGCAAAGUUAACUUGGAUUCCUUAAAAUAUGCAAAUCAUCAGCUAGAUAGUUUAGAAUUUGAAUUAAAUAAUCUUCAAAAGGAAUCACAUUUUAUAAAAUACGGUUCAUACUAUUCCACAUUUACUUAUAUUUUAAUUGUAUUACUAUUUUUGUACUUAGCCUACAAAUUAUUUAAAUGUUCCAGAAAUCGAAACAAUAAUAGUGGACAUUGCAUACAAAUAUUUAAUCAGUGUAAUAAUAAAAAGUCGUCGAAACAUAAUUCUAAAACUACAAAUUCAAUUGAGAUGAUUGAUAUGUCAACAUCUGAAGAAGAUAAUAACUCACCCAAAUCUUUACCAAAUUGUACUAAUUGUGAACCUUAUAGAACUGUACACAAAGUUCACUCUUCCUCCGGAAGAAAUCUUAAUUUCUAA